AUGGCUUCUCAGGCGGGGGAGACGCCGAACGGCACCUACAAGCCCAGAUAUGUUGAUAUUGGAAUCAACUUGUCCGACCCCAUCUUCAGAGGCAGACAUCAUGGCCACCAAAAACACCCCGAUGACCUCACAGGAGUCAUCGACCGAGCUCGACAAGUAGGAUGUACCAAGCUCAUAGUUACGGGAUCGGACAUCAAGAGUUCCCAAGACGCAUUAAACCUGGCAGAAGAAUACCCCGGGACCUGCUACGCAACAGUGGGCAUCCACCCAUGCAGCAGUGCCAUCUUUGGCGCGGCAGACCUCAAAAAGAAGCAGAGCGAGCACACGACUCCGUGUGAAGGCGACCCCUACGCUCCCAUGUCAGAAGAGCACCAUCCUGACGCCGCAAGAUCCGCCCAUGCCAUCUCACUACUCACCACGGUCGUGGCCCAAGCAAGGUCAUCCGGCCAACCGCACAUCGUGGCCAUGGGCGAAUUCGGCCUCGACUAUGACCGACUAAACUACUGCAAUAGAGUAAUCCAGAAGCACUCGUUUGAAGCGCAGCUCCGCGUCGCGGCCUCGCUGCAGCCGCAACUACCCCUGUUCCUACAUUCGAGAGCUGCCCACGGUGACUUUGUCGCCAUUUUGAAAGGCGUAUUUGGCGAGAGGUUAGAAAGCCUAGACAAGGGUGGCGUCGUGCACAGCUUUACGGGCACCAUGGAGGAGAUGGAAGAGUUGAUGGACCUGGGACUAUACAUUGGCAUCAACGGGUGCAGUUUCAAGACGGAGGAGAACUGCCGCGUCGUCAAGGCUGUCCGCCUCGACAGGCUCAUGAUGGAGACGGACGGGCCGUGGUGCGAAGUCCGCCCCAGCCACGAAGGAUACAAGUACCUCAUAGAGAGGAAGGCCGCCCAGGCACCCGUGGAGAACGGAACGGCGGCGCCCCAGGCUGCCGCUCCCGAGCCGCAGGCAAAACAGCCCAAGAAACAAAAGAAUCAGAAGAAGCAGCCCGAGGUACCGGACCGGUUCAAGAUUGUGAAGAAGGAGAAGUGGGAAGAAGGCGCCAUGGUCAAGGGCAGAAACGAACCGUGCACCAUUGAGCGCAUUGCCCAGAUUAUUGCCGCCAUCAAGGACGUGAGCGUUGAAGAGGUCUGCGAAGCUGCCUGGAAGAACACCAUCCACGUAUUCGGACUCGAGGAAACGACAUAG